GAUCGUCUGCGCUCUGAGCAGCCACGAUACGCGCAGAAUGCCUCGGGAAUUCCCUGAAAUACAGUCCGCAGGCUCUCUUAUCGUCGCCUGGCAGGUUAAAAACAAGAAUGUCCUAGUUGUUGGCGGAGGGGAGGUGGCAGCUGGUCGUAUCGUCCAUGCUCUCAAUGCAGAUGCAACGGUCACCGUCGUCUGUCCGGCAUCUGGUCUGAACAGCGAAGUGGCCUAUCGCGUAUCCCAGCAACAGGUGUCUCACAUCGCUCGCAACUUCGAGCCCCGGGAUCUAGAUGGCGCGGACAUGGUCCUAUGCGCUAUCGACGAUCCCACAGCUUCGACCCAGAUCUGGCAGCUCUGCAAGGAGAGGCGUAUUCCUGUCAAUAUCGCAGAUGUGCCGUCCGAGUGUGACUUUUACUUCGGCAGUGUCCAUCGCGACGGGCCGCUGCAGGUCAUGGUAAGCACAAAUGGGAACGGACCCAAACUGGCUAGUAUCAUUCGGAAGAAAAUUGCAGAGACUCUGCCGGACAAUACGGGCGCAGCGAUAGAGAAUGUUGGGAAGCUCCGGAAAAAGCUAAGAGACAUCGCUCCUGAUCCGGCCCAAGGUCCAAAGAGGAUGAAAUGGAUGUCCAACAUCUGUGAGGCCUGGAGCUUGGAUGAGCUUGUGCGAAUGAACGAUCAAGAUAGAGAUUCUCUUCUUUCUUGCUAUAAAUCCGGCAAGAUUCCGACUUAUGAAGAGAUCCGGAGCAGCGCUGGGUGAGUGUCUCGUUAAACCGGUCAGAUAUUUUGGUAUAUUGAUCUUCACAUAUUUACUUUUCAUGGAUACCCUUGCUCUCAGCGACAAUGUGGAGAGGUCGUAGAUGCAUGUGGUAUAACUAAGCAAACUCUGAGCUUCGUCGCUGUGUGCCCAAAUCAUACAUAUGACACUAUAUAGAUAUUUUUAUUCUAUCAUCACAGUGACUUUCCC